GCGUUUAGUUGGUAGAAAGCGCAAAUGGCUUCGCACGUACCAUUCGUACUAGCGUUUUGCGUUCUGUUUCUGUGGGAAGACUGCAGUUGUACUCACCAUGAACCUAACAUGGCAUCUGGUAGAACAACCAUUGUUCACCUUUUCGAAUGGAAAUGGAACGAUAUAGCAGAAGAAUGUGAAUCAUUUUUAGGACCUUACGGAUAUGGAGGUGUGCAGGUUUCGCCGCCGAAUGAAAAUGGUAUCGUGUGGGAGCCUUCGUGGAACAAGGCGAUCAAGCGGCCAUGGUUUGAGAGAUACCAGCCUGUAAGCUAUAAGCUUUUUACUAGAAGUGGAAGUGAGCUGGAGUUCAGAGAUAUGGUCAGACGUUGCAACAAUGCCAAUGUCAGAAUUUACGUUGAUACAGUAAUCAAUCAUAUGACUGGAAAUAUUGGUGCAGGCCACGGUACUGCAGGCAGCUACUUCGACCCAGGAGUACCUAAGUAUGAUGGAGUUCCUUACGGUCCAGAACAUUUCAAUUCCAGGAAUAAAUGCCCUACAGGAUCUGGAGACAUCGAAAACUACAACGACAAAGUUCAGGUUAGAAAUUGUAAACUCUCAGGGCUGAAUGAUCUGGAUUUGAGUCAAGAGUAUGUAAGAAACAAAAUCGCAGAAUACAUGAACAAUUUGAUUCAAAUUGGAGUCGCUGGAUUCCGAGUGGACGCUGCGAAACAUAUGUGGCCGGACGAUCUGUCUAUUAUCUAUAACAGAUUGAACAACUUAAAUGAAGUGUACUUCCCUGCCGGACGAAAACCUUUCAUCUACCAGGAAGUCAUCGACAUGGGUGGAGAACCCAUCAAAUCUGAAGAAUAUGUCGAAUUUGGUCGCGUUACAGAAUUCAGAUAUGGAAAGUAUUUGGGUGAUGUCAUUCGGAAGAAUUUCGACCAGCGAUUAAAAUACCUGCGUAAUUUUGGUGAAGACUGGUCAUUUGUGUCGGGAUCGAAUGCUUUGACUUUCGUCGAUAAUCAUGACAAUCAAAGGGGCCAUGGAGCUGGAGGCUAUGGGAGCAUUCUCACUCACAAACUGUCACGGAUGUAUAAAAUAGCCGUGGCUUUUAUGUUGGCCUGGCCUUACGGACUUCCAAGGGUAAUGAGCAGCUACAGCUGGACAGAGAACGUCGUGAAUGGAAAGGAUACCAAUGACUGGAUUGGUCCACCGGCUGACAGCAAUUAUAACAUUACGAGUGUCGUAAGAAAUUCGGAUCUUACUUGUGGAGGUGGAUGGGUAUGCGAACACAGGUGGCGCCAGAUCUACAACAUGGUAAAAUUCCGAAAUGUAGUUGGUUUCGAAACCGUUCAAAACUGGUGGGACAAUGACUAUCACCAGAUUGCCUUCAGUCGGGGCAACAAAGGUUUCUUGGCCAUAAACAACGAAAACCAUGCACUGGACCAAAAUUUGCAAACCGGAUUGCCAGAAGGAACCUAUUGCGAUGUCAUCUCUGGCAACAAAGAUGGAGGACGAUGUACAGGGCGUAGUGUGCAAGUGGAUAGCUCCGGGCAUGCGCAGAUUCAUAUCGACCAUUCUUGGGAAGAUCCAGUGAUUGCAUUACACGUUGAGGCAAAGCUUUGAAGCAGACCAGCUGUGAUUACCAAGGUUAUUAACGACACUAAAAUGAAAGCAUUAUCGUUAAAAACUGGGAAGAUAUAACAAAUUUAAGGUUUUCUUAUUACUUUAAGAGCCAAACAGGUAUUUGCUAAAUUGUUAGAAAUUCCUUGCUGUUAAUCCAAAAGCUUAGAUUUUUAUCCUUUUGUACAUAUUACGAUGAAGUGUCCCUAAUAACUCUAAAAAGUAUAAUAUAAAUAAAUAAAUAAAAAUAGUUUGACUGUG